AUGCCGUCUGGUUGGCCAGCAUCAUUACAACUUGUUAAAGAUCUUGAUCGAACAAGUUGUUCAAUUAAAUCUGAAGAAUCAACAUCAACAGAUGAAUUAGAUGAUGAUCAAAAUAAUGAUGGAGAAGGUGUUUGGAGUCCAGAUAUUGAACAAAGUUUUCAUGAAGCAUUAGCUAUUUAUCCUCCAUGUGGACGACGAAAAAUUAUUUUAUCUGAUGAAGGUAAAAUGUUUGGUAGAAAUGAACUUAUUUCACGUUAUAUUAAAAUGCGUACGGGUAAAUCACGUACAAGAAAACAAGUAUCAUCACAUAUACAAGUUCUUGCUAAACGAAAAUCAAAAGAACUUCAAUCAUUAUUUAAAGAUUCCAAUUUAAAAGAACAACAUCGUCCAUUUGUUAUGAAUCAACAUUAUCAUCCAUUACGUGAUACAACAACAACAUCACCGAUUAUAAAUGAUAGUACUUCACCAUAUUAUACACAUCAUCGUACAGCUGUAUCACUUUUUUCCCCAACAACAAAUAUGAAUAUAACACCAACAUCAUCAUCAUCUCCAUUUAAACCGACAGCUACUCUUUCACCAUAUCCAUCACCAUCAACAAUCAGUCUUUGGCAACAAUCAGCAACACCUUACGUUGAUAUUAAACCAUUUUCUCCAUCAUCGACAACAACAACUGAUCUUAUACCAACAGCAAGCACAACAACUUCAUUAACAACACGUUUUAUAAGUUCAAAUCGAAUAAAACUUGUUGAAUUUGCUGCAUAUAUUGAAUCAAAACGUGACAUUGAUUCAAGACAUUAUCUUCUUCAUAUCAGUCAAGAAGCUGCUACUGAUAUGAAACCUGAACGUAUCAAAGUGAGCCAAAUAAUCGAUUUAUUUCCAAUGUUGAAAGAACUUUAUGAUAGAGGACCACAUGAUGCAUUUUAUGUUGUUAAAGUUUGGGUCAAUAUGAAUUAUCAAGAGAAUGUAACAAAUACAUAUCAUUAUUCUUCUCUUUUUGAAAGUUCGGAGGAUAAUUUAAACAUUUGUAUAACAACAAAAGCAUGUUCAUUUGGAAAAACUAUUGUUGAAAAAAUUGAAAAUGGUACAACAAAAUAUAAUGAUAUUAUUGGUAAAUGUAUUCAUCGUUCAAUUGAUACAACAAUGUGUGGUUUUAUGAUUGAUUUUAUAAAAAAACUUAAAACAGGACUAUAUGUACGUGAAAUGAUGAAUAUUGUACUUGAACAUUUAGGUGUACUUCAAACAGUUAUAUCAAAAGAUACGGAUGAAUUACUUUUAUGUAUUGCAUAUAUUUUUGAAAUAAGCGAAUCACCGUCAUUAGGUGGAACACAAUCGGCUGCUUAUCGCUUAUGCGAUUAA